AUGGGUGGCCCCCGACUGCUCUUCCACAGGGCGAUCCACAUCAGCGAGACCAGUGUCUUCUUCACACCCAACAAUGAGGCGUCGCUCGACUUUGGGACCGUCAGUAGGGUGCCUAGGGCGCACCGCGACCACGUUCAAAAGCACGGUGUUGUGGCCAAAGUCGUACUGUCCGUUUCAAAUCUGGCGUCGCAGAGUGGCACGCUGACGCAUGCCGAGCGCCUACGGCUUUGGUGGACGGUGUUGCUGAGCAGCGGAACCGUCGAGACUGACCUCUCGAGCGUCGAGGUCCCCGCCGAAUUGGGUGACGCGAAGUGGCCUGUGUUGGACGAGCGCGAGCUUUUAAGGCGCAUGGAGGCUGCGGAGGCGCGCGGGCGAGAUGGUGCCCUCAGGGAAUCUCCCCACGUCGUUCCCGUGCUCUCCGUUAAGCGGUUUGUGCAUAAGGAUCAGGAUAGGAGGGCCAUGCUGGGGGUGGUGUGGAUGCCGCUCUACAAGCAGAAUCUCCUGCACUGGAGUGAAAAACGGCUUCACAGUCAAUUUAUUCCGGAGCCGUUGCUUGUAACGCUGCUGCGGCAGCUCAUCACUGGACUCCUCGCUCUACACGCAAGCACGGGCACAUAUCUGCCGUAUUUAACCAUGGAAAAUGUUCUUAUUAGUCAUGAGGAGAAUGAGCAGCCAACGUUUCUCUUGGUACCUUUCGUUGCUCAGUUGCUGCGGCUUGAAGACACACCCAUGGACUCGCUUAUCUCCUUUUCAUUUCUUCCACCAGAGUGCUUGACCCAGCCGAGGAGAUCGUUGAAUAACGCAAGAUCGCUCGUGUGGUCACUGGGGAUGUUGUUACAUCAGCUUGCCUCUGGUGUUCUCAGGAACGGGGCUGCUGUGGUCGGUGCCCGGCAUGACUCUAUGAGAAAGAAGUUUGAGCGUCCACUGAAUCACCCCCUGCUUUCUCCCUCCGAUGUUGUGCGGUACGUGCGAAGGGAUCUCCAGCGUGGGCCGUACAGCAAUAUUCUCAUUCACCUCAUCGUGCUCAUGCUUGGACAAGACCCUCGUACUCGCUCUACGCUGCAACUCUUGGACGGCAUGUUGUUUGACUUUCUUCGCUACAAGCCCAUUGUGCGGUUUCCAUUUUCCGUGGGGCCACUGGACCUGCUACGUCUCUCGCAUCCAGCGGAGGUGGUGAUACACCCACAGCGAAAAAGGUACGUGUUCAAGGCGACCUGUGUAAUAUGCAAGGUGGAAAGGAAUUCUGAGCGGUGCUUGAACGCUGAGCAUCUGCUCGGACCCUGCUCACCGCUAUGGUCUGGCGACGAAAUGCUGCCUGCGUACGUGGUUGAGCGCCCCCACAGCUGCAUGACGUACCUCUUCCCGCCAACUGCCAGGCUAGAAGAGCGCAAACAACUUCACUACACGAAGUCUGCCCUACAAAGUGGCGCAAUAGACCAAAAUGCAUUACUGCAACUUUUUGGUGGGUUCGCCGUGGUGCAAAUGAUGGAAGGUGGGCGACUCAUGACUCAUGAGGUGCUGGUUCCUACUCCGCACCUGAUGCUUCGAAACGAGGAGUUGCGCGGCGUCGCGACGCGGCUGCACUUUACGGCCGCGUUGCCGUGGCCAUCUCAUUGUACGGCUCAGUUGGAAGUGAGCGGAAGAAUCAUUCAGGGUGUGCCGACAAUGUUUGGGGUCCCGAGCGCAUGCUGGUACGCGUGGCUUUUGCCCGGGGAACGUCUUCAGCUGAAUGGAAAGGAGUGGAUACCGGCGACGGAUGGAGGCUUUGUCUUUUGGUUCGACGAAGCGCUGAAGCCCACGGCGUCGGACCGUUACUUCGUCCUAUGCGGGAUGCGGUCCUUGACGCUGAAGGCAAAGGUGGAGUCCACGGUGCUCCCGGACCUCGUCUUUGACAGAGACGCAAAGGCCUAUGAGGCGCAGUUGUUCUACGGCAGCGCGACCGCCCCCGCCGGCAUCCCGUCUGGAGAGAAGGAAAACUGGAGCCGGUCGCACUGUGCGGCGUCCCAUAAGGCGGCACUACGGCGCCGCAGCAUACACGGGGCCACUGUGGAAAUUCCCUGGUCAAGUGAAGUGGCUGACCCGUUCAGUGAGGAGGUGCCUGUGCAGCUGGGCCGCUGCGACAAGAAGGGGCCCAAGCCCGCGCCGGAGGAGCGUUCACCGAGCCGCGCACUGCGUCGACUCCGUCCGCUGUCGAUGCGGCCUACGCAGCUUCGCGUGGACUCCGUCACGGACGUCAGCCGCAACCCGCUCAAGGAGCGCCAGGUAAACGCUUGUAAACUGCUGCGGGGUCCGGCGUCGACGCCGUCCCCCACGACUGCCUCACAGGGGGAAGAGAAGGAGGAGGAUGUUGAGUGGCGGCAGGAUUUCUACAAAAGAGCUAAGAGGACUAACCACCGACUUGCGGCGGUGGUGGAAAACAGCCGCCGCGGCCUUGCUUCCGGGGCACAACGCCGACAGGAGAGACCGCCCUUUCCGAGCCAAGCCGUUCCCGGCGGCAGUCAAUCCAUCGGCAGCGAUGACAGCCUUUCCGCCUUUGUGUCCCCCGCGGCGGCCGUCAGCGUCCCUGACGUUGACGUCACUCAACUUCUUAAGUCGCCGCCGGUGGAACCGGGGCGGCAGUCAAGAGGUGACGCGUCUUCGCUAGAGGUGUUUGGCCGUUGGUUUCCACCAAGCUGGGUGGACGCCGUCUUUCAGUCCCUCACGUUUUGCAUUCCCGCCACGGGAGAGCAUGGGCGUCUUUCGGUGCCGGUGACUGUUUCUGCGGCGAUGCGCCUCGCCACACACGCCACCGCGGGGGCGGUGGCAAUGGCCUUCUGUACCAAUGAGGUUCCCAUUAUUCGUCGCAACCACCAGCGCUGUGCCAACGCGCUACCGCCGAAGCAACUUAAAUGUCUCCUUCCGCACCACGGCUUGGUCUUUUAUGACGUUCACAGGGAAGUCGUUGGUCUGCUUGCGUUACGUUUUACCGUGCCAGCUGACCCGAACCUCGCCGCUGGGGAGAAGCGCAUUCAGUUUAAGACGCUCCCGCCCACUCCCACGACGCCGACGCGGAUGAGUCAAUUGAAUGCGGGUUACUUCGCCGGAGAAGUGGGGUUUUGCCCGACGAACCAAGCCUGGAGGCACGCCCAAGGAGAUGGUUGUGGGUUUUUGCGUCAGUCGCCGAGUAAAAGCUGCGGGACGCCAAUGGUCGCUCCUGCGGCGGGUUCGGAGGAGCUGACGUUGUCAGGCAUUCAACUAUUCCCUUCCCUUGAUCCCUCUCCCGCAGUGGGGUCCAGUGACGCGGGGCCUCUUCCGCUCUGCUGGGUGGGCUUUGACCCCUCCACGCAAGCGAUGAUGUUGGCGGAUCUGCGGCAGGAUGCGUGGUACCCGCUCUACUUCGCCGUGGAUGAAUGA